AUGGCGGCCUUGGGGGCCCAGGUGCUGGGCCGGAACAUGCACCCGGCGUGCGCCCCCUGCGCGUACCCCGUCCCCGGCCCGCUCUCCGCUCGGGGCAAGGCCACGGCCGCCGCCGCCGGCUGCAGGCUCCGCGCCGGGGGCUCCUCGGCCUCGGCCGGCGCUGCGGCCGCCGGCGCGUCGUCGUUCCCCGGCUGCGCGCAGCCCCAGGCCGCCGACUCCCUCGACGGCUACCGGCGGGCGCUGCUCCUGGCGCUGCUGUCGCGGGUGAGCGCGGGCGUCGGGGCGCGGCCGUGCGGGGUCGGCAGCCGCGAGGUGGCGGUGCAGGUGAACCCGCGCCGGGACGCCGCGGUGCAGUGCUCGCUCGGCCGCCGCCCGCUGCCGCGCCGCCCCCGCGCCCCGGACUCCCAGCCCGCGCCCGACCCGCCGCCCGCGCGCCCGGGCCCCGGCGCCUCCCCGCCGCCCGAGCCCCAGCGCGGCCCCGGCGCCUCCCCGCAGCGCGGGAGCCCCGGCCCGGAGCCCGGCAGCCUUGCGGGGCGUGGCCCGCGGCUCGCGCGCUUUCCGCGCACCGUCGCGGUGUUCUCGCCGGUCCCCCGCCGCCUCACCGCCUUCCUGGAGGCCGAGCGAGGCCCGCAGCCCGCGAGCCCCCGAGCGCGAAAGCAGGAGGGAGAGACGGCGGGGAGGACGCCCGGACCGCCGCGGGCGGAGGAGGACGAGGCGGAGGGGGAGGAGGCGGCCGUGGACGGGCCCCGGCCGCCCGUGGAAUCCGGGGAGGACGCGGCGGCCCCGAAGCCCGCGCCUCAGCAUCGGCAGCUGCGCCCAGCAGCAGCGGCGGCGAGGGACGGGGACCCCGGGGUCAGCGCCCAGGAGGCUGCCGGGCUGGAGCGGCCCCCGACGUGGAGCACAGAGCUAGGCGCCGAGCGCCUGCCUUUCCAGUUCUUAGAGCAGAAGUAUGGCUACUACCACUGCAAGGACUGCAACAUCCGCUGGGAGAGCGCGUACGUGUGGUGUGUGCAGGGCACCAGCAAGGUUUACUUCAAACAGUUCUGCAGAACUUGUCAGAAGUCUUACAACCCUUACCGGGUGGAAGACAUCACCUGCCAAAGUUGUCAAAGAACUAGAUGUUCCUGCCCAGUAAGACUUCGCCAUGUGGACCCUAAACGCCCCCACCGUCAAGACUUGUGUGGGAGAUGCAAGGGCAAGCGCCUCUCCUGCGACAGCACCUUCAGCUUCAAAUACAUCAUUUAA